AUGCUUACAGGACCACCAGGCCAAGCAUCACCGUCCGCAUCGUCAUCUUCGUCGUCGGUGAUUGCCGGUUCACCGUCACAGCUGAUGCCACUCCGUAUGCCUCCACCGACUAGUGGCGGAAUUAACGAGCCACAGGAGUGUCCUUACUGCCGUCGUACCUUCUCUUGCUACUACUCCCUUAAGCGUCACUUCCAGGAUAAGCACGAACAGUCCGAUACGUUGUACGUGUGCGAGUUCUGUCACCGGCGGUACCGGACGAAAAACUCAUUAACUACACACAAAAGCCUCCAGCAUCGUGGAUCAAGCGGCAUGCUCAAACGGUUGCUGAAGACAUCCGCCAUCAAGACGGUCCUAUCUGGGAACGGAAGCAAUGUGGGGGCCGGUCUGCACGGUACGCACCCGCACGCUCAUCCGCAUCUGUUUGAUUUUGCGUCCGAACUCGGCCAACCACCACCUGGAAUUCAGUAA